UGUAGUGGUAAUUUCGGAUUGUGAAGCUUUCGGACACUUGUUUUUAUUUCCGUGAAGUCAGAUGGGAAAUUUGUAAGCCUUUGUAAGCUUACCUUUUCCCUCGUAGUCUUGUAGUACGUGGUCGGAGGGUUCCGUUGGACUAGACCGUUCACACUGCUUGUAAUAUUCACAUAUAUUGAAGACGAAAAUGGCUGAAUCAGGAGAGUUAUGCCUUGGAAUCGACUGCGGCACUACAUCAGUGAAAUUGAGUCUCAUUGAGAAGAGCACAAAAACACUGGUAUUUUCAACAAGCGAAGUGACAAAUGCUUAUGUUCCUUCAAAGAUUGGAAGUCUUGGUGCUGAACAAGAUGUAGUCAAAAUAUUUGACGCUGUUAUUUCAUGUUUAAAUCGUAUCACUGAUGAGAAAAGAUCAAGAAUCAAGUGUAUUUCUGUCUCAGGACAAAUGCAUGGAGUAAUGUUGUGGAACAGUGGUUUCACUUUCGAAUGCAAGGACACAAGUCAGCUGCCAUCAUUUGUAAGCAAUUUGAUUACUUGGGAAGAUAAACGAGCAUCAUCACAGUUUCUUGCCACUUUGCCUGAGCCAAACUCGCAUCAGCCGCUUGCAUCAGGAUUUGGCCUCGUCACGCUCUUUUGGCUUGUUAAGAAUGACCCAGAGAUGGUUGUCAAGUUUGACACAGUUGGUGGGAUUAUGGAUUUCUUUACCUGCAUGCUCUGUGGUCUUGACAAGCCCACUUUAAGCAACCAAAUUGCAGCCAGCUGGGGAUACUUUGACUGCGAAACAAAUACCUGGAAUACUGAUAUAUUGCAAGAACACAACUUUCCUGUCUUUUGUCUACCAAAUGUCAUCGAAGCUGGGUCCAGGAUCGGGGAUCUGAGUUACGAAUGGUUUGGAAUACCAAAGGGGACACCAAUACUGGCUGGCUUGGGUGAUCUACAGUGUUCUUUUGUAGCAGCUGCGAAAGAGAAAAGCGAUGCUGUGAUGAACAUCUCCACAUCCAGCCAGCUAGGUUUUCUGGUAGACUGUGAGGGGUUUGUUCCACGCAAGCCAGAAGUUCCCUCCCCUGUGAGUUACUUCCCCUAUUUCAACAGCACCUUCCUCGCUAUGGCUGCAAGUCUUAAUGGCGGGAACAAUUUGAAAGCCUUUGUCAAGAUGAUUCAGCAGUGGUUUCAGACAUUUGACGUCGUCAUACCAGAAGACAAGAUCUGGAGUAAAUUGACAGAGCUGUCCAUGGUUGUGGAUAUCCCAGAGUAUCCGCACAAUUUGGUAAUCCAACCACACCUCUGCGGGGAGCGACACGCUCCGGACCUCACCACCAGCCUGAGCGGUCUCGAAAGAAGUAAUUCUUCCCUGCAUAGUGUGUUUCAGGCGAUUUGUAAGGGGCUUGUGAACAAUCUUAACCUGAUGAUGCCGGUCGCCAUGUUGAUCGAGAGUGGUGUUCAAAGGCUCGUUCUAUCUGGAUCGGUCAUCCACAAACAGCCGCAUGUUACUACAUGUGUUGAGAAGAUUUACGCGCCCCUGUCCGUCGUGCCUGGGAGUAAUGAUGAUGCCUCAUUUGGAGCAGCGCUUGUGGCUGCUAAGUUCUUGAAUGGGGAGUAAAUUGAUUACCCCAAUAUUCUAUGAAAGGUUAGGUGGCUCAGUUUAUAACAAAUGCCAUAGCUGUUGUGUUCAGAAAUGUUGUUUUUUUGUGUGUUUUUAUCUGAUAUAAUCAGGCUAAACUCAGGCGUUGUUUUGAUAUGACUUUUGAGUGAAUUUAGUGUGUUUAUCUUUAAAUUGAUUCAUUAAAUGAAGGCACCAAGCUGUGUUAAAUCUAGGCAAAGCAAAAUCUGUAUGCAUUAGUUUUCUAAUUUGAUUGAUUUAAGAGUUAAAAAAUAUUCUGACAAAGGUUUCCGAAGAAGGUUUACUUAAUAACUAAAUCUGCUUUACAAAGGAAAUUUGCACAAAUAUUCUUAUAAGGCCUAGAAAUAAAAUACAUUUGGUUUGGGUUAUCCGACCCUACCUUCAAAAUAGGAUGUAACCCUAACCUCACCAUUUUUUUUUGGUUUAAUAGAGUUUCCAUCACUUUUAUGCAUCCUUAUGAUGGUUUAUUUUAAAAAUAUCCUUUUGAAUUUUACUAUUUUUGCAUCUAUCUUUACAUAUUGAGUUUGCUUUUAAUACAUAUAUAGGAUAUUAGACAAGGUUAAAGAUUUAAAAAAAAGUGCUUUAGCUAAAUGUGUUCUUUAUUUUAGAUUUUUUUUUAGAUUUUGCUUUUUAUUGAAUGUGCUUUUAAUUAUAUGCUCUUUGAUAUAAAUUAAAUGUACAUGUUUAUCUGAUUUGAAAAUACUCAUGUACAUUUUCUAUGUUUUUUGUUUUUUGAAUUGUCCUCAGUCAUUUAAGACCAUUUAAUUUCAUCUUUUUGUGGAUAUAAGAUAUGUACUUAUUUAUAUUAACAUACUUAAAAGAACGAAAAAAGGAAACAAUACACCAAUAUUGUGCAACUGGUAUUUUACCCUACAUAGUUUCAAUAAAGAUUUUUUUUUAUUUUAGUGUAAAAUUAAAAUUAUUUUGGUGCCAUAAUUUUUCUACAUAUUUGUGUGAAUUGGAACUUCAGCAAUAUUUGAAAAGAAACACAAUGUUGAGAAAAUAAAAAAAUAACGUAUUGCCAUUUGUGACGUUAAUACUGAUUGAAUAUAAUUGCAGUAACGACUAAAAUUCUUUGUUGAAACCGCCUCCUUCUCCUUUAAGAGUAAUCUCAUGGUACAAGAUAUUCCGACCCAUUCCUAUUGGGAAAACUCUUAAAAAUCAUGUAAAGUUCCCAGUUUUGACAAGUAACUCCUGGAACAUAUGGGAAGGAACAUUCAUUCCCAUAUCAAUGACUUGGGUGAUAACUUUUGGGAAAAUCGCACCCAAAUUGUAUGAUCAAUUUUUGUCUUUUUUGAUAUGUAUUUUUUCACCAAGUAUAACUGGGAAAGAGAACCGAAAACCUUUCACAUUGGCAUUGAUUUCAAACACCAAAAGUGAUCAUUACUUUCUUGGACUUUGUUGGGCCAAAAAUGAGCCUUCAUGAAGCUUUCCAUUUCUGUGUAUGCAAACACUUGUUGACUUCUUUUCAAAAUGCACAGAAAAAGGUCCUCUGAGGCAGAUUGAUUAUCACUAGAUGUAAUCAGAUAUUUUAAAUGUACACAACAAUACUUAUACUUUCUCGCUAUAAAGCUAGCUUUUUUAUAGCAAUAUGGUAGAGUGUCUGCCUGCAGAGCGAGAGGUCGUGGGUUCAAUCCUUGGCAUAGGCACAUAGCAAUUUGUGCAGUCUGUUACAUUAAAAGAGAAAUGCCCAGAGCUUUCAGCAUACUUUUUUUUCUUACCAAUGUUACAUGUAACAUAUCGAUAAGGGGUUUAAUACAUGAAGAAUCACACUUUUUAAGCUAGGGGCUACUCCAGUAAAACAUAUAACCCAGGGGGGAAAGGCAAUUAUUUAAAUAGUAUAUGGGUGGGUGUCUUUUUUUUGCUUAUUUGGAUCCUGAAAGGGUAAAUUUGCUUCUGUAGGGUGGUGGUAUACUUUAAAAGUGCCCUCCCCCCGAGGGUUAUGAUUAAAUGGAAUAGCCCUAGCUAUGAAGUUGUCUUAAAAAAGUUAGUUGAAAUAGAACUAGUUUCAUCAAACUUAGGGAGUUUCUUAGUGGAAGAUGUUUGUUUUGUUUUUUAAACUUUAGAUUAUUUUCAAAAUAAGUAUCAUGAAUAAGGCCCUGGACACAGAAAAUCACUGUUCAUUACCCUUGCUUUGCACUUUGCACUUGUUACAAUGGGACCAUCAGGUUUAACUGCUUUGCAUAGACAGCCGCUGUUAUUCAAGAGUUUUUACUGAUUAACAGUACACUAUUACGGUAUUUUAUCAACGCAGUUAACUUAAGUUGUGUUUGUGUUCAAUAGAAUAUUAUUCUCAUCUUUGUAAGCAGGUCUGCUUUGUAUUUUAUGUAUUGGUGCAUUUAUCGGUUGUUUAAUUGAUCAUUAAUAUAGUCAGCAUUAUUUUAUGAAGAAGAAAUAUAAGUAUCUUCCAUGGCUGCUUAUGUAAGAUAUGUUCAUCCCAAACCAAGCAUAGUGUGUUUUGCGGAAACAAGGUUUACCGAGUUUCCACAGAACACCCUGCGCUAGGGUUGUGAUGAACCUAUCUUACCCGAGCGGCCAUGGUAGGUACGUCUUCUCCAACCUCAGUUAAACAAAAUGAAGUAAAAAUGUAUUUCUUUAGCUGGGACUUUUUUGUGUGUAGUGUAAAUAAUUUGCAUAUAGAUAAUUUGUUUAUGUGAUAAUUUGUGCUUAUCAUAGAUAUGCGGACAGUAAUUCAAAAUAUGUUAAUAUUCAAAUAUUUCUUUAGAUAGUUCAGAUGAGAGUGCAGCAUUAUUUUUUGAAUGCUUGAAAAAGUUUUUGGGUGCCAUUUGAAGUGAAGUUUCCAUUGUGCUACAGACGACGCACUUUAACAAGGGCGGCAAUUGCGUGGUGACAAAAAAGUAGUUCCAUACGGGAGUUUCUUUUUCUUUGCCCAUGGGCAAGAUAAGAAUUUCCAGCAUGGCGAAAUACUUGGAUCUACUUAUCUGGGGUGGGAGAAAUAUGUUUCUAGGCGUUGUGAUAUUUGACUUGCAUAUUUCACAUUUUGUUAUUAUCUCAUUUUUCUUACACUAUGUAAAUACAAUUAUUUUGUUCUUCUAGAAAUGCUUACUGUUUAACCUCUUGUAGAAAAGCUUUUUUGGCUGGAGUUGUCAACGAAAUAUUCAGGGUUAUAGUUUUGAGAAAAGCUGGCUGACAGCCAGCGGGACAAGCAGUCAUAAUUUGGAUGGGCAUUCAUUUUGUUAAAAAAUUGUUGGAAUUUUUGUCAGCAUGAUAUAUACAAGACCAUUGUGAAUAUGUAUCAUAUUUGGUCUAAAACUAGGUCACUAGGUCGAAUAUAAAGUCAGGGUUGGACCAGUGUGAAUAUGUGUCAUAUUUGGUCUAAAACUAGGUCACUAGGUGGAAUAUAAAGUCAAGGUUGGACCAGUGUGAAUAUGGGUAAGCAGCAUUGACUUUUUCCUCUACAAACAUACAUUCUGCUGCAAAAUUGUAUCAAAUUUUCAAAAUGAAAAAAUCCAGCUUUAAUGCGGUUUCCGCAUUAACCCCUUGUUCUGUAUUGAUGUUUUUGUUAUGUACAUAUUUCAACAAUAUGAUUGUUAAGAAAAGUGCUUUUAAUUCUAUUAUAUCUGAGGAAGAUAAUUGCAUAAUACUGUUUGAUUAAAGAAUUAAAGAUACAUGCAUUAUUUCACCAUCUAUGAAUAGGGCAAUUUUAUGACACACUAGAAUUGAAUGUUGUAGCCAGUAUGACUUAAUUUUUGAUGGAUAACAUGUCUCCUAUUGUCUUUUUAAUUUUAUAUACAUGUACCUCAGAACUCAGCUAAUAAAUGUAAACAUUA